AGACGUGGGAAGGAGACAAGAUUGCUGGGACAACCAGGAAGCGCCUGCACUCUCCACCUGUAGCAAUGCCAGUAUCUUUCGAAGGAUCAAUGCCAUGCUGGACAACUCUCUGGAUUUGAGCAGAGUCUGCACCACACCCGUGAACAGGAGGGUUCAUGAUCAUCUGCCAGACUUCCAGGACUCUGAAGAAGCACUUGCAAGCAGGAUGCUUUUCCCCACCUCAGCGCAAGAAUCUUCUCGUGGCCUCCCAGAUGCAAAUGACUUGUGCCUUGGCCUGCAGUCCCUCAGCUUGACCGGCUGGGACCGUCCCUGGAGCACGCAGGACUCCGACUCCUCAGCCCAGAACAGCACACAUUCAGUUCUGAGCAUGCUCCAGAACCCGCUGGGAAAUGUCCUGGGGAAGCCCCCUUUGAGCUUCCUGCCUCUGGACCCCCUGGGGUCUGACUUGGUGGACAAGUUUCCAACGCCCUCUGUUAGAGGGUCCCGCCUGGACACGCGGCCCAUCCUCGACUCCCGCUCCAGCAGUCCCUCCGACUCUGACACCAGUGGUUUCAGCUCUGGAUCAGACCACUUCUCAGACCUAAUCUCCAGCCUUCGCAUUUCCCCACCCCUGCCCUUCCUGUCCCUCACGGGCGCUGGUCCCAGAGACCCUUUAAAGAUGGGCGUUGGACCCCGGCUAGACCAGGAGCAAGCCGCACUCGCUGCAGUCACGCCCUCCCCAACCAACACUUCAAAAAGAUGGCCGGGAGCGUCUGUGUGGCCAUCCUGGGACCUGCUUGAAGCUCCCAAAGACCCCUUCAGCAUAGAGAGAGAGGCCAGGCUGCACCGGCAAGCUGCAGCUGUGAAUGAAGCCACCUGCACCUGGAGUGGCCAGCUUCCACCUCGGAAUUACAAGAACCCCAUCUACUCGUGCAAGGUGUUCCUAGGAGGAGUCCCUUGGGACAUUACGGAAGCUGGAUUGGUUAACACCUUCCGUGUUUUUGGCUCUUUGAGUGUGGAGUGGCCUGGUAAGGAUGGCAAGCACCCCCGGUGUCCUCCCAAAGGUAAUAUUCCUAAAGGCUACGUGUAUCUGGUCUUCGAGAUAGAGAAAUAUGUCCGGGCCUUGCUGCAGGCUUGCUCCCAUGACCCACUGAGCCCAGACGGCCCUAGCGAAUACUACUUCAAGAUGUCCAGCCGCAGGAUGCGCUGCAAGGAGGUGCAGGUGAUCCCCUGGGUCUUGGCCGACAGCAACUUCGUCAGGAGCCCGUCUCAGAGGCUUGACCCCAGCAGGACGGUGUUUGUCGGCGCUCUGCACGGCAUGCUCAACGCCGAGGCCCUGGCGGCCAUCCUGAACGACCUGUUUGGGGGCGUGGUGUAUGCUGGGAUUGACACAGAUAAGCACAAGUAUCCCAUUGGGUCUGGUCGUGUGACUUUCAACAAUCAGCACAGUUACCUGAAAGCAGUGAGCGCAGCCUUUGUGGAGAUCAAAACCACCAAGUUCACCAAGAAGGUCCAGAUCGACCCCUACCUGGAGGAUUCUCCAUGUCAUAUCUGUGGUUCUCAGCCAGGUCCCUUCUUCUGUCGUGAUCAGGUCUGCUUCAAGUACUUCUGCCGGAGCUGCUGGCACUGGCGGCACAGCAUGGAGGGGCUGCGUCACCACAGCCCCCUGAUGCGGAACCAGAAGAACCGCGAGUCCAGCUAGAGGCGGCGGCUUUGCCCAGGAGGCCUGGGGCGCCCAUGGCCAGCUGCACCUGCCCGGGGCAACCCAGGGAGCUGGUUUCCGAGGACAAGGGAAAAUCCUAGUCACCGUUGCACUUGCUGAAUCUGUCUUUGUUUCUGCACUAAUUAAUGCACAAUGAGUUUGGUCAGGUUUUGUUCCCAGGGCUGCGCCAGGGCAAGGAUUCUCUGGCCUGUCCUCCAAGCAACUCUGUAGUUUUCCCAGAUUUUAGUUUCUCAUUUUUGCCGAUGAAAAGCAAAAAAGAAGAAAAAAAGAAAAAAAAAAGACUGUGUCCAGAAGGUAUUGACACGGACGCCUACAUCUAGAGGUUUAUUUAUUAAAAGCGCUUUUUUACAUUCCUUGCAAUACUGAUGGUGAUGACGCGCAGGUCUCAUUGGUUUCAUUCUCGCAGUUGCCAUACAGUGCCUUUCCAUUUAUUUAACCCCCACCUGAACGGCAUAAACUGAGUGUUCAGCUGGUGUUUUUUACUGUAAACAACAAGGAGACUUUGCUCUUCAUUUAAACCAAAAUCAUAUUUCAUAUUUUACGCUCGAGGGUUUUUACUGGUUCCUUUUUACACUCCUUAAAAACAGUUUUUAAGUCAUUUGGAACAAGAGAUUCUUUUUUUUCCUUUCCUGGCAGCUUUUAACAUGACUGCAAAUUUGUGUCUGGGGACUACCGGUCACUGUUUCACACAAGUUGCAAAUCGAGGUAUUUGCAGACCAAGAAAAAAAUUAUUUUUGUUUUAUUUGAAACUGGACCCGAUAAAGGGCAUUGGAGCGGCUGCUGUACAUAGUUUCAAAUAGUUUAUUGCACCUUCUUCAGUUGCACUUAUAUGGGGGGAGGGUUAAUAGAAGUUUUUAAUCACAAACUCACGGGACUUUUUUUUUUUUCUUUUGUAACUUGAGCUUAAAAAAAAAAAAUAAAGGGCUGCUUUCCGGGUGGGGGCAGACGAAGGCCCUGGGGAGCCCGUCUCCCAGGGGACUGUGCCCUUCCUAUGUCUUUCGUUUGAGGAAUGUGCGAAACCACAGUUGCAGUUGACUUGAAAUGCUACUGGAAUUUGAAAACUUGACUCUUCCUUUUCCUUUUUUUUUUUUUUUUAAACUACUUGCCCCUCUUAGGGAAGCCGUGUGCCAAAGAACCAGUGUCAUGCCCCCCUCCCCGCUGAGCUGCUGUUGCAUUGUCGCAGAUCCCAGCUACUCUGUGGGUUUUGUGGAGCCUGUGUGAAGUCUCUACCUCACUGUAGUAUAUUGCAGGCAAGACUGCACUCGCCUGCAGAUGUGUGGAGUAAGCUGUGGUGUAGUUUUUUUGGCACAUAAUAAACACGUUGCAG